AUGGUAACUGUUCGUCUUUCUGAGCCGCCGUCUCUUUCCGUCGAUACGAACCUGCCGGCGAACCCCCUAGCCGCAAGACGAAGCAUGUUCAGCCCCGAGUAUACGCCGACAAAGGCCAUGGCAGAACCUGUUCAGGAAGAAGAUGAGGAAAACGAACAAGACGAACAAGAAAACCCAACUUCUGCGGAGGAGGGAACCCGCUUGACGGCAUCGGCUGGCGAUGGCCCGAAAAAUUUGAUGGAGGAGCUACAAGAAUCGACCGAAGAUGACGAAAGACGGGAGGCCGCACCGUCAGCAGAAACGCAUGAAUCCACUGACGAAUCCGACACAGAGGAAGAUGUUGAUUGGGAUGAAUUGCAGAAAACAGAGGCAGCACACGCUCAAGAUCAAGCGAAAGAUGACAAUUCUACAGCCAUGCUUCUGGCACGCCUUGAAGAAGAAAACAACAAAAUUGCUACGAAUCCCAAGGGCGUCAAGGUCAAGGUUGUUGAACAAGUCACAACCCGCCGACCUAGGCCACCGUCAAUGGCUCAGCUCCGUGAUAUGGUCACGGGCCCGACGCCGGUGGCUCUGCGAUACUCGGUACUGCCACCACCCCCUAUGACCGAUCUCGAAUUUUACAUGGCGCUUGUCAAGGACUACCAGCAGACGGCGGCCCGUCUCCCCACGCUGCUGGCCAACAAGAUUCGCAAGGGAAUUCCUCCACCGCUGCGUGGGGUGGUAUGGCAGAGCAUGGCAGGCGCCCGUGAUUCGAUGCUCUUGGAGCAGUUUGAAAGACUCAGCGGCGAGUCGAGUCCCUAUGAAGGCAUCAUCGGCAAGGACCUGGGCAGAAGCUUUCCAGGCGUGGAUAUGUUCCGCGACCCUGAUGGUGACGGACAACGAAUGCUGGGCAGAGUGUUGAAAUGCUUCAGCCUUUACGACCAGAAGAUUGGCUACUGCCAGGGACUUGCCUUCCUGGUUGGACCUCUGCUGAUGCACAUGCCAGACAACCAGGCAUUUUGUGUGCUGGUUCGCUUGAUGGAGCAUUACGACCUGCGCGCAUGUUUCCUGCCAGACUUGUCAGGAUUGCAUGUCCGCAUCUACCAGUUCCGUGAACUACUGCGGCAGCAUCUACCUACAGUAUCGGCCCAUCUGGACGAGUUGCAAGUUGAUCCGGCGUACGUUUCACAGUGGUUCCUAUCGUUCUUUGCCGUAACGUGUCCCCUACCCAUGUUGUUUCGCAUUUACGACGUCAUUUUUGCCGAAGGUGCCUCCGAGACGAUCAUGCGGGUCGCCCUAUCUCUCAUGCGUAAGAACUCGAGCCGCAUAGUGGCCUGCCAGGAGAUGGAGGAUGUCAUGCAACUCCUUUUGUCUCGCGGCCUUUGGGAUUGCUACCACUACAACGCAGAUGAAUUCGUUGAAGAUUUUGUCGGUUUAUCCAAUGUGGUAUCGCGCGAGAAACUAGCCCAACUGGAAUUAAAUUACCGGGAAGCGCAGAUCGCUACCGCAAAUGCCACACGCUCCUCCGACGUUGCUACAGCAGCUUCCCGCUUUUUGGGCCGCCUAUGGACCUCGUCUCCGAAGUCCACCCUGGGAUCUCUGUCUCCGGGUUUCAUCGCACCUUCGCGCCCGCUGAGCAUGCUGCGCAGAAGCACGUCGAAGCAGAGCCUGGCUUCUACUCUCAACUCCAUGGAAACCAGCUCCGCCAGCGUCCUGAGUACUACUUCCACCGAUGCCACCACGAUAUCGCGCGAUUCAUCCACUGCCGACGACUCGUCCAUCCGCGAAUCCACACCAAUUGCAUCCAAACAAAGCCUACUCAACAGCAAUGUGACCGAGAACCGAGCCCUCCACACCCAGAUCGAGGAUCUCCUGACAGCGCUUAGCGACUUACAGCGAAACCAUGCAUUACUCGCAACCCAGUUGCAAAAGGAAAGAGAAGAGAGGGACGAGGAGCGGAUGGCCGUCAAGUCACUACUUGACGGCUUGAAGAAAACAGAGCCUGGUUCAGAAGAAAGAAAGGAAAACAUACCAAACGAACUAUCUCAAUUAAUUGAAGGCGUCCACGAGCGUUUCGGUGCACAGCAGAAUGAUCGCAACAGCCAGGGACCAUCCAUUGUGGAGACCAAGUCCCAACUGCGCGACGAGUUGGCGCGGACAAAAGAACACCUCAUGAACGAAGUCUCCAAGUCUCAAGGCUUGAAUCGCCGCAUCGACGAGCUUGGCCAGGAGGCGCAAUCGCUUAAAGAACAGCUCCGCGAGAGCCAUGCCCAUGUCCGGAACAUGCACCAGGAAAAACAGCGACUCGGAAAGCAGGUCCACACUAUGCGUGUGCGAGCUUCAGCCGAUCCGCAUCAGGGCACAGCAGCAUCCGAAUCUGCAGGAUGGUUCUCGUCGGCCGUGAAUUCGGCCGCGGGAGGGCAUGGAGGCGGCGGGCCUGCCGGUGGCCUUCGUGAGCUGAAGCUGUCGCGUAGCAAGUCAACACCCAAUUCACAAGUGCCCUUUGCCGGCAGGUCGGCCUCGCUCCAACGCAUCCAGAUGGAGCCACAUUCGGUCCCAAACAGCAGUCAAUCGGCUAGUGAACACGAGGCACUACUAAUGGAGCUAGUACAGGCCAAGACAGCCGAAGCCGUGGCCAGGCAGGAGGCCGAUGAAUACAAACAGAAGCUCGAGACAUUGCGGAAGUCAUGCGGAAUCGCGUCAGUCGAGGCUCCUGGAACAACGCCGGCUAGCACGGCUGCUAGCACUGCCAUGGGUGUACUCGGCCGGCUUGCGGGUGCCGUGGCAGACACGAGUGGUGGUGGUGCUAAGAGCGCUACUCCCGCUCCUACUGCUGCUGCUUCAGGGGCGGCGAACAACGGUGGCGGGUUCUGGGGAUGGAGGAGGUAA